GCUUUUAAUUUGGGUGUUUUAUUUGCGGAAGCUGAAGCAUCGGAUGAUCUCAUUGGGCAGAGACAAUUCGACCUAAAAUUGGUGAAAGAGCUGCGAAUAAACGAUGGCGAUACGGGUUUUAGUUAUAAUAAAAUUUUCGUGGACGGCAUUGAUGAUCAACUGGAAACUGUUGUUGUCGAUGAACCAUACAUGCGGGUUCAUGAACAGAUGUUGGUUACGCGUGCCAAGAAUCUUCGUCGUAUAGUGCUCUGUACACAAAAUGAUUGCCUCCAAGAAAAACUGAAUCAGCUGCGCAAUGAUCUGAUAACGCGGCAUAUCGUGCUUACCAUCAAAUGCAGUAAUUCCAUGCAUGAUCGAGAAAUUAGGUUUGACAAUGGUUGGACCUAUCGGAUUGGACGCGGUUUGAAUUAUUUUAAAAGGGAACGACACUUUACUCUUGGAAUGACCGAUUAUGAGUUCAAGAAGUGCUUCGAAACAGUUGUAUGCAUUUUAAGAGAAAUGCGCCCAAAAAGUCGCAUCGAAAGUAAUGAAAGCUAA